UGGUUGAAGGGCUGGGGGUGGUGAUACGGUGCUCGUUUCGUACCGGCGGGUAGUGGGAAGUGACCGCGGGGACAGCCGGAACCGCCAGGUGCCGCGCAGGUUCUAAAUGGCUUCUAAGAAGGUGGGAUCUGAGUCUCAUGGUGAGACGUUUAUUGUCAACUUGGGAUCUCACCUCCUUGGAUAACUCCAGAGAUAACUUGCUACUGGACAGAUGUUCAGCCUAGGUAAUCUUACCAAUUCAUGUGAGGGGGAAAAUGCCCUAAGUUAUGCACCAGCUGAUAGUCAAAACAGAUAAGCUCUUCUGCGGCAGGCCAGAAGUCCUUCUACAAGAGAGCAUCCAAAGGAGUGCUGUGAAGAUUAUGAAGAGCCUUGAGGGGAAACUGUAUGAGGAGUGGCCAAGGUCCUUUCAGUUAUCUUGAUGAUGUCCCAUUUAAGAUAGGCGAAAAAUUCAAAAUCCCAGCAAAAGUUGGAUUACCCAUUGGUUUCAGCCAGCCUGAUUCUUCUCAGCUUGUCAGAGAAGCCCAGUAUGACUUCUCACUGGAAAAGAAAACAAUUGAAUGGGCUGAAGAUAUAAAAAAAUUUGAAGCUGCCCAGAGAGAAGCUGAACACAGGGCAGAAGAAGCACUAGCAAACUCAAAAGCAGCUUCAGAGGACAUCACCAAAAUGGGGUUCUCAGAGGGACCUUGCCCUGAAAUCAUGCCUCCUCCUAUUAACCCCAUCCUCGCUAGCCUGCAGCACAAUAAUAUUCUUACUCCCACACCGGCCAACAGCAGUGCUGUGAAGCAAAAGGUUCUCAGUCCACCUCAUCCAAAAGUAGACUUCAACCCAGCUGAUUUUGAAUGUGAAGAAGACCCUUUUGACAAACUAGAAUUAAAAACUAUUAAUGAUAAGGAAGAAUUAAAAAAUAUUCUUGAAAUUCAUGUUGGUUCUACUGGGCCAAUUGUUGCCCAACUAUUAGAUAAUACUUUGCCCAAAGUAGAGUCUGAGUGUGUGUUGCAAGAUGAGAAAGUUCUGACAUCCAUAGAAAGGGCUACGUUGGACUUCAAACCUGUUCACAAACCAAAUGGCUUUAUCACUUUACCACAGUUGGGAAAUUGUGAAAAGAUGUCCUUGUCUUCCAAGGUGUCCCUGUCCCCUAUCACUUCAGUGAGCAACAUCAAAUCCCUGUCCUUUCCUAAAUUUGACUCCGAUGAGAGUGAUCAAAAAUCAUCAAAGCUUAUGAGCACUUUCCACAGCACUACCUGUCUCCGCAAUGGCACUUUGCUUAGCUCUUUGCAGACCUGUGCUCAGAGUAAAACCAGUGAACUGAAUGGACACCAUAUGGUGGAUCUUUCUUCUCUAAGUGGCAUGGAGGCAUCAACAUUAUCCUCUUCAUCCAGACUGCCUUCCCUGGCUGCAUCAACAAUUUGUACAGAAGAAGAAUCAUCUCAAAGCACAGCGAUUAUGGUGCACCCAGACUACAAAGAAACAAAAAUACUUAUGGUAACACACCAAAAUUUCCCAGUGUCUAAAGUGCCCAAUAAUACCAGCUGCAGAAAGCAGUCAGGUGACGCCGCUCCUGAACUACAGCAGGACCUCUCUGCUAGUGAGAGACAGUGCAUAGAGACAGUCAUCAACAUGGGAUACGCACCUGAAGAUGUCCUGAAAGCCAUGAAGAAGGGACAGAACAUAGACCAGGUUUUGGAUUACUUGUUUUUACAUGGACAGCUUUGUGAGAAGGGCUUUGAUCCACUUCUUGUUGAAGCAGCUUUGGAAAUGCACCAGUGUUCAGAGGAGAAGAUGACAGAGCUUCUCCAACUAAUGAGUCAAUUUAAAGAAAUGGGCUUUGAACUAAAAGACAUUAAAGAGGUCUUAUUACUACAUAACAAUGACCAACAGAAGGCUUUGGAAGAUCUGAUGGCCCGUGCAGGAGCCAGCUGAAAACACAUUCCUGGAUUCUCAUCAUGAAACAGAGCAAGACCAGGGUGACUUAAUCUCAGCAAGGAGUUUGGCUAUUUGCAUAUAAGGGAGAGUGUCAGAACAAGCCUGCCCAUGUGCAUCACUCCAGCAUUUCUCUUUACACUGGGAGCCAACUUUCUUCCUUAAAUUAAAUUUUUUAAGUGUCCUUUCCUAAGUUUCCUUUUUUCCAGCUUAGCCUCAGAGUUUAGACUGUCCAGCCUCUACUGUAAUUGUACAUAGGUAGAGAUGGGGUGGUUUCUCCCACUCACCUUUGCACUGGAAUUGAACAAAAGAACACUGUUGGUUCUGAAACUAGGAUGCUUUGAUUCUUUGAAGCUGCUUUCAUGGUGUCUGCUUGUAUUGAAUUACUUGAUUGUGUCAUAGUCCAGAUUAACUGGUUAAAUUUGACCUUUAGUGUAAUGGAGUUUUAUUUUUGGGGGGGAAAGUUAGUCUGCAACUUAGUAAAACACUGUUUCAGAAACUUGCUAUGCAUAAAGAGAGAGCCUAUUCCUCUUGGGUUUUUUACCCAUGCACCCAACACUUCGCCAGACAUGAGCGUUCAAUACUGAGUGGUCUGUAAAUUCCCUUGAAACAGGUAAGCUGUGAAUUCUAUCUGGACCUGCAAUUUAUGUUGUUUUUUUAACCUGAAGGCAGAGCUGGAGCUUAGUAUUCUUAACCCCCCAGGUUUGUAGGAUAUUUAAGGCAAUGCUCUGAUAGGAAAUCAGUUCUCUUUUUGUAUUAAAUAAUACUGAGUGUGAUGCAGGAGGUUCCUUUCAAGCACUUUCUUUAAAAGAUAUAUACUCACUGCAUUAGUUCAAUUUCUCACACUGCUAUAGAAUUGCAUAAUAACAUCUAGUACUAGAAAUCAGCAUUUGGGUUGGUUUUGAUAUUUAGUUCUAAGUACUUAAAAUAUCAACAGUCUUGAGGAAUCUUUAAAGUAAUUCACUAAAUAUUUUGAUUCUGCUGAAAAAAAACUAACAAAAUCCUCAGUAUAACUCCCAGUGUCAUGGUUCCCAUCUCUCAUGCUCUUUGGCUUCAACAAAUGAACUUGCUGGAUCCUGCCUGAUCAGGUGCUGCCUGCUCCUGUAGGCAUACGUGCACACUGUGUGUUGGGCAGAACAACCAGAGGUCUCCAGGCAGACAGCUGCAGUGGUGCAAAAACCAAGCCUAGGGAGCAUGGGAGCAUGGAGCUGGGAGCAUUGAGAACUUAGGCAGGGAAAAAUUACUUGUCUCGUUUCCUCAGUUUGUUUUUCAGUAGGAGGUUUUAGCUCAUCAGGACCCUGAAGGAGAUGACAUUUGUCUCUAUUAUGUUAAAACUUUAUAUGACCAAAACUUGUAAUUUGGGUCCAGUGUUAACUCCUGGAGUUGUCAGUGAGGUUCUCAACUACGUUAAUUAACUUUACUUAAAACAAAAUGAUGCUGAGAAAAUAUGUACCUGGUAAGUAUCUAGGAAGUGUGGAGAUGAAUGACAAAUAAGACCAGGACAGAUUGCUUUGCACGUAUCCCAUAGUACUGAGCUUCACCAGCUUCUAUUAGUGGGACUGAAAUUAAAACUUAUCUAAGAUGGACAUUCCACAGCUGGUGGAUCAGCAGCUGCUGCCUCUGUGGGUGCAGGUAAAGCAGUUGUCCGGCUUUCCUCCCAGAUGAGAAAUGUGACAGUUUGAAAUGAAGAAAUGGGGUUCCUGAUUAAUCAGAAAAGAUGGAAAACAAAACUUGAACUGCUUUACUGUCACUGAUGAGAGCAUUCGAUUGUGUUGCUUGUUUCAGUUUUCUCACAAUUAAUAGCCAAACAAAUCUGUCUGGUACUAGACAAUCUUGAAAGGGCAAGAAAUCUUGCCAGCAAAGAAACAACUGUUUAGACCAAAUUUCUGAAUAAAAUAAUCUCUUCAGUUGUGUUAA